CCCAAAAAAUUUGUAAAUUUUCACAUUUAUUAUUCGCUGCGUCCCCCUCCCCAGAUUCCUCAGAGACGCAUGAUGGUGUGUACCCGUAUCCCUUGCUCCGCUGUAUUGCAUGUGCCAUGUGAAGCUCCUCUCUCUCUCUCUUCCCCGCACACCCCUCUUCUCUCUCACUCCCCAUUUCUCUCUCAUAUAUAAAGCAAAACCCUCUCUCUCUCUCUUUCUCUCUUCUCUCUCUCUCAUCCCUGUCACCAACAAAGUCCCCAAUGCCAAACUGGCAGUUUUAAUUUCAGGAAGGAAUGAGUAAAGGACAAGAUGGGUCUGGGAUUUGAGUGCGAUUCUCUUCGUUUUUUCUGCAACGCACUCCCGAUCUCCAUCUCCACCCUCUCCUCCUGCUCUCUUCUCGAUCGCAUUCCAUCAAACAGUACUGAGAAUGAAGAAAGCUGGCGACUUGGAUGAGUUCAUGGUGGAGGAAGAGAGAUCCGACUCAGAAUGCUGCAGUGGUUGUCAAUCUGGCUGGACUCUCUAUCUUGGCCAGUCGCAGUCCCAGGAGAGAUUGACCACCUCUGCUUAUUGGGAGGAAGAAGACGAAGAAGAAGAAGAAGAAGAAGAAGUAGUAGAAGAAGACCAGUCAAUGCUCUCUGAUGCUUCUUCUGGCCCACCACAUGUCCACGAGGAAGAAGACAACAUUUUCUCCUGCUGCUGUGAUGAUGGAGAUGGCUGCCUCUGCAAUGCCGCUUUCCUUCCUCUAACUAAGAAUGGAAUCAAGAGGAGGAGGACUGAAGAGGAGCAGAAGGAGAAUAAAGAAACGUUUUUGGACGAUACUGCCAGCUCCACUCUGUUCACUAUUUCCAAGGGUUUAACAACCAGUACCUGCAGCAGUAAAAAGCUUCUGAUGGAAGACGAUCACUCCUGCUGCUUCUCUGCAACCCAUUUCAAGGUUUGGUGACAAGAAGGUGGGACGAAACUGAU